UCUCUCGUUCAGGAGGAAGUUCAAGCUCUGCAGGUUUCAGUUCCGUUCCGCUGCGGCUGCGUCUUUGUCUUUGUCUCUGUCGGUGCACUGUCUCCGCCGCCUCCGCCACCACCACCACCACCACCAACUCAUCUUCUCUUCCGGCGGCGCUACCACCUUUCAUCUCCCUCUCUGUCGUCGAUUGCGCAAGUCAAAAAUGGCGGCCGUCGCUCCCACCACCACUAUUUUCAAGCCUCCCUCCAAAUCCCACAAACUCCUUUCCCGAUUUGCCCUUCCCAUCGUUUCCAAUCCCCAAGCAGCCGCCCGCCGCCGUUCUCUUCGCAUCUGUAAUGUCAUCUCCGACAACAAAUCUCCCGCGGCCUCGGCCCCCGCCCCCACGGCCCCCGCCCCCACCGCCGCCGAAACCCCCAAAUCCGUCGUCCCUCGAUUCGAGGCCGACGAGCCCCGGAAGGGCUCCGAUGUCCUGGUCGAGGCCCUCGAACGCGAGGGCGUGACCCACGUCUUCGCCUAUCCUGGCGGCGCGUCCAUGGAGAUCCACCAGGCCCUGACCCGCUCCACUAUCAUCCGCAACGUCCUGCCGCGCCACGAGCAGGGCGGCGUCUUCGCCGCCGAGGGCUAUGCGCGUGCCUCCGGCCUCCCCGGCGUCUGCAUCGCCACCUCCGGCCCGGGCGCUACCAACCUGGUCAGCGGCCUCGCCGAUGCCAUGCUCGACAGCAUCCCCAUUGUCGCCAUUACCGGCCAAGUCCCUCGCCGAAUGAUCGGCACCGACGCUUUCCAGGAAACCCCCAUUGUGGAGGUAACCAGAUCUAUAACCAAGCACAAUUACCUUGUUCUAAAUGUAGAAGACAUUCCUAGAAUUGUGCGUGAGGCUUUCUUUCUUGCAUCUUCGGGCCGCCCCGGCCCGGUUUUGAUUGAUAUUCCGAAGGAUAUACAGCAGCAAUUGGUGGUUCCUAGGUGGGAUCAACCCAUGUCAUUGCCUGGUUACUCGUCUAGAUUGCCUAAGCCGCCAUCAGAUGUUCAGUUGGAACAGAUGGUUAGGUUUAUAUCAGAGUCUAAAAGGCCAGUUCUGUAUGUGGGGGGUGGAUGUUUGAAUUCAGCGGAGGAGUUGAGGAGGUUUGUGGAGCUUACCGGCAUUCCGGUGGCAAGUACUUUGAUGGGUCUCGGGGCAUACCCGUGUUCUGAUGAGAUGUCGCUUCAAAUGCUUGGAAUGCAUGGCACUGUUUAUGCUAAUUAUGCGGUGGAUAAGAGUGAUUUGUUGCUCGCGUUUGGGGUUAGGUUUGAUGAUCGGGUUACUGGAAAGGUAGAGGCUUUUGCCAGCCGGGCUAAGAUUGUCCACAUCGACAUUGAUUCUGCUGAGAUAGGGAAGAACAAGCAACCCCAUUUGUCGGUAUGUGCGGACGUGAAGGUGGCUUUGAGGGGUUUGAAUGAGAUACUGGAAGGGAAAAUGCUUGACUUCUCGGCUUGGAGGAAGGAGCUGAACGCACAGAAGGUGCAGCAUCCGUUGAGUUAUAAGACAUUCGGAGAUGCUAUUCCCCCACAGUAUGCCAUCCAGGUUCUUGACGAGUUAACCAGUGGGAAUGCUAUUAUAAGUACAGGUGUUGGGCAGCAUCAGAUGUGGGCUGCUCAGUACUAUAAGUACAAUAGGCCUAGGCAGUGGCUGACAUCUGGUGGAUUGGGGGCUAUGGGUUUCGGAUUACCUGCUGCAAUUGGAGCUGCUGUUGCCAGACCUGAUGCCAUUGUUGUGGACAUCGAUGGUGAUGGAAGUUUUAUCAUGAAUAUCCAAGAGUUGGCUACAAUCCGGGUGGAGAAUCUUCCCGUUAAGAUAAUGGUACUGAAUAAUCAGCAUCUGGGUAUGGUUGUUCAGUGGGAGGAUCGGUUUUAUAAGGCAAAUAGGGCUCACACAUAUUUGGGUAACCCAUCAAAAGAGAGUGAGAUUUUCCCGAAUCUGUUGAAGUUUGCAGAAGCUUGUGACAUACCUGCAGUUCGUGUGACAAAAGUGGGAGAGCUUAGAGUUGCUAUUCAGAAAAUGUUGGAUACCCCCGGGCCAUAUUUAUUGGAUGUCAUUGUACCACAUCAAGAGCAUGUUUUGCCUAUGAUUCCCAGUGGUGGAGCUUUCAAAGAUAUAAUUAUUACGGGUGACGGCAGAACAGAAUAUUGAUCUCCUGAAGCGGUGAAUUUCAGUUCACUAAUUGUAUUUAGCUCUUAUCAGCGUAGGAAAAGUUGUGGCUUUGUUUUGUUGGGUAAUAAGUAUUUUCUGUAUUUUUCUUGUUCUAUCUUCUAGUGUUGUUUAUUUAUCUAGAACGGGUAUGUUGUUAUAAGUGGAAACUUUUAGUGACUUUUUAUGGAGUAUUACUGUUAUUGACCCA